AUUAUAUUAUAUGGCUUCCCCCAGCCGUGUCGCUUCCAAACUUGAUAGAAGGUUGGUCGACUUCAAGUAGUUGUGCAUGGACAUAACGGUUUACAGGGAAACCAUCUACCAUCUUGCGAAUAGCUUUUCUUCAUCAAGUAGUUAUGCCUAUUCUCUUUUUAGUGUGUUAUGUAAUCCUAAAUCUAUUUAGCACAACUGCACAAUGAAGUUGGUUUUAUGGAACCACGAAAGUAAAGGAAUGGAAAGAGAAAGUUGCUCUCGCUUUGUGCAUUAUAUCUUUAAGAAUAUAUUUUAUUUGUGUAUAAUAAAAUAUUUUUGUAAAUGAUAGUGAUAGGUUUUUAAAUUUGGGCAUAUUUAAUUAAUGAAUAAUUUUGAUUAUAUGUCUCAAACCUAUAAUGUUAUUAAUGAAAAUUAAAAUUGUUUUAGAAAGGUAUGGGAAUUUUAGAUAAAUUUAAGUUUUUAUCAAAAAAAACAAAAAAAUGAUUCUAGUAGAAUAGUAUAGAUAUAAAGGAUAAAAAAAAUUAGAAAUAUAUGGGCAUUUUAGAUAAAAUUAAGUUUUUUCAUCAAACAACAAAAAAUUAAGAAUGAUUCCCUAGGUAAAUCAAUUUAUAAAAUUGUAAAAUGGGCCAUGGGCUCGAUGCCCAAUUCUAAUUUACUCAUCACCACGUAUAAAUUGAUCACACGAAUGACUACGGACAGGACCAGUGAGAUAGGGUUUUAGGGUAAGUCAUUUUGUUCUUGCCUCCUACCGAAGAUACCAUGGAGUUGGCGAUGACCGUGAUGUGUCGGUUAGUAGACGCCGAAGGAAUACCUUUAGGUGACCCUAUGUAUAUCCCUCAGCGAGCAGGGAAGUUGCAGCUUACCGAGCUAGCUAAUAAAUUUCUCAACAAUGAGGAGAAGUUGCCCUACGCUUUCUAUGUAUCAGGGGAGGAACUUCGUGUGCCCGUAGGAACUUACAUAGAGGAUAGAAGUGUGUCCAUGGAGGAGAUUUUGACGAUAGUGUAUCGACAAGAAGCUGUUUUCCGAACUCGCCCAGUUAGCCGUAUUUCUGCUAGCAUUCCUGGUCACAGGGACUCUGUCUUGUGUGUUUCUUUCAGUCCUGACGGUACACAGUUAGCAAGUGGCUCGGGUGAUACUACUGUCCGGCUGUGGGAUCUCUACACUCAAACUCCAAUGUUUACAUGCAUAGGGCACACGAACUGGGUUCUGUCAGUUGCAUGGUCUCCAGAUGGUAAGCACCUUGUUAGUGGUGAUCUAGCUGGUAAUAUCUGUUGCUGGAUACCAGAAACCGGAAAGCUAGAUGGCAGCCCCCUUAGAGGCCACAAGAAAUGGAUUACUAGCAUCUCGUGGGAGCCUGCCCACCUUACCUACCCGUGCCGUCGGUUUGUAACUUCCAGCAAAGAUGAGGACGCAAGGAUAUGGGACAUCACACUUAAAAAAUCUGUAACUUGCCUCAGUGGGCAUACACGUGGCGUGACCUGUGUCAAAUGGGGUGGAGAUGGUAUCAUAUAUACGGGUUCUCAAGACUGUACGAUAAAGAUGUGGCAAGUUUCUCCCGAGGGCCUUCCAUGUUUGAAAGCGCAAUUAAAGAAGCAUGGGCAUUGGGUGAACUCCCUUGCAUUGAGCACAGAUUAUGUUCUCCGGACAGGAGCCUUUGACCACACUGGAAAACAAUAUUCCUCCUCGCCUGAAGAAGUUAGAAAGGCUGCCCUCAAAAGAUACGACCAAGCAAAGGGAGAGUAUGGCGAAAGAUUGGUUUCAGGUUCUGAUGACUUCACCAUGAUUCUUUGGGAUCAGUCUGUUAGCGAUCAACCUAAACAGCAUUUGUUCGGUCACCAGCAGCUUGUAAACCAAGUCUGCUUCUCACCUAAUGGCCAGUGGAUUGCCAGUGCGUCGUUUGAUAAAUCUGUCAGGAUAUGGGAUGGUAUCACUGGGGCCUUUAUUACAACUUUGCGAGGCCAUCUUGGACCUGUUUAUCAAAUCAGUUGGUCCCCUGACAGUAGAAUGCUUUUAAGUGGUAGCAAAGACUCUACUCUUAAGAUAUGGGAUAUUGGACUGAGACAGUUAAAGCAAGAUCUUCCUGGUCAUGCCGAUGAGGUUUAUGCAGUGGACUGGAGUCCAGAUGGUGAGAGAGUAGUCUCCGGUGGUAAAGAUAAAUCUCUGAAACUAUGGGUUGGUUGAAGAUAGAGCAGCUGGAGCUACCAGCGUUAGCUAUUAGUUUCACUUUCCACCGACUCUAUUUGAUGUUUGUUUCAGAACAUUUUGUUAUUAUCAUAGUUAAGUUAUAAUUUUAUAUUUAUUUACUAACAAGUAUAAUGUGGGUAGACAACUCUAAAGGCUACCCAUAUCAAACAUGAUAUAAC